UUGAAUGGAACACUAGAGGAGGAGGUUUAUGUGUCAGUCUUGGUCUUGAUGUGACAAGGCGUGAAGAGAAGCUGUAUAAGUUGAAGAAGGCUUCACAUAUGGACUAAAAACAAGCCCUUCGUGGCUGGAAUAAAAGAAUAGAUUGUUUUCUUUCAGAGUUGGGUUCAGCAAGUGUACAACAGAAUUUGGAGUCUAUGUGAGAGUUAUCGUACGGGAUUUAAUGAUAGCUUAUAUUUACGUAGAUGGCCUCUAGUUACUGACAACAAUGCAGCAGAGAUUGACAAGUUUAAAAGGAGAAUAACACCAGAAUUUGAGAUGACAAAUUUGGAAUUGCUAUCCUAUUUUUUUUUUAGGAUGGAAUUAGUUUCUACAAGUGAUAGAAUUUUCAUAUAUCAAAGGAAGUGUGCAACUUAAAUAUUGAAAGAUUCCAUAUGUUGAUUGUAAUUCUACCCAAACUGAUAGGAGGUUAUUGGUGUAUGAGAGAAGAAAGAAACGUUAGUUAUCUAACUGUUUUACAGUUAGAUAAAGGGCGGGAAUGUUAUUGUAUAAAUAGGAGUUUGGUAGUUGGAGAGAGGGCUUUUGAUUCGUUAUUGUUUGUCUGAACAGGAUAGUUAUUUCCUGUUGGGGGAGGUUAGGCUCCCAUACUUUGACUCUUGUAUUCUUUCUCUGUUCAAUAAUAUUUCGGAGGUUAUACAGUGUUUUUGGCUGUUCUUUGUGUGUUGAGAGGGAUAUCGAUUAGGUUUCUUUAUAGGAAACCUAUCAAUUUGGUCCGACCUGCCGGAUCCAAACCGUGGGGAGUUUGACAGGGCGUGAGAAAAUGGAAGAGGCUACGGAGGCAAGAUUGGAGGCUAUUGAGAUUACGAUGGAAGGUAUGAAGGCUGAAUCGGCAGCAGUAAGACGAGACCUGCAACAGAUUAUGAGGAUCUUGGGUGCGCGUGGAAAUCAAGCGGAAGGGAGUUCGGAUGACAGUUCGGUGAACGAUAAUCAGAAUCGCGUUGGAGGAGGAAACGAAAAUGGGAGAACCGGCGAUAGAGGGACGGAACAGAAACCAUGGCGGAAGAAGGUAGAAUUACCGACAUUCGAGGGGGAAGAGCCUCUCGGUUGGCUAAACAGGGCCGAGAGAUUUUUCGACAUCCAAAAAGUGACGAGUGACGAGGAUAAGGUGGAAAUCGCUUACGUUAGUAUGGAGGGGAGUGCGGCAUAUUGGUUUACAUUUUGGAAAGCGAAAGCGAAGAACCGUUCUUGGGUCGGUCUGAAGGCAGCGAUGAUCAAUCGUUUCGGUGGAGGAGUUCGUCCGCAAUUUUGAAGUUCUAACGGGACAAACCAGGGAAAUACCGGAGGAGCAAGUGCUUGGUUAUUUCCUUGCGGGAUUGAGG